UGACAAAUACUAGUCACCGAAUGUAAAUUUGCAAGUGCAAUUUGAGUUUACGAUAAAAAUGAGUCAACUUAAUCAUUAUGUGCCAAAAUGUUAACUAAGCGAUAAAUAGAAUAUGAUAGUGUUUUGUAAUUCGAAGGGGAUAUAAAUCAUCAUGAGUUCCAAUACGCAGAGUAGAUUGCAUCGGCCUAUAUGCCCAGCGGCUAUCCAGGCUUUUAGUUUUUUCAGCUUAUCGUCAUUAAUAUUUGUUAUCUCCUUAUUUUCUGGGAGCAUAUUAGGCUAUACAUCAGAAUUAUGGGCACUCACCUAUUGGGGACCGGCAUUAUAUUUUUGCCUACUUAAUUUUAUUCUACGUUAUUUUUUAAAAGGCUUCUCGUACGAUGUUGCAGUAAGAGCAGCGUUUCUAGGUGCCGUUUUUGCCACUGGAUUGUACUUAACAAAGUUUGAGGAUAGCUGGAGAGCAUUUGGGUUAUACAUCAUGGUGCUGUCAAUAUUUCACUUCUCUGAAUUUAUGGCCGUAGCUCUGACGAAUCCAAAAACUCUGACGAUAGACUCGUUCAUAUUAAACCAUAGUGUACAGUAUUGGGUUGCAGCGGUAGCCAGCUGGAUUGAGAUGGCAGUUGAAUCAUACUUUUUUCCUAAAUUGAAAAUGUCACCGUGGGUGUCCCUAUUCGGGUUUACAAUGUGCAUCGGUGGGGAGUUCUUGAGGAAAAUGGCAAUGUUUACAGCUAAAACCAACUUUAAUCAUCAUGUGCAAACUGUGAAGAAACCAGACCACCAGCUGGUGACGCACGGCGUGUACGCGUACUGCCGACACCCGAGCUACGUGGGUUGGUUCUACUGGUCUAUCGGGACACAGAUCAUACUGAUCAACCCAAUAUGCGUGCUGGUCUACACGCUGGUCUCUUGGUCUUUCUUCCAAGAGCGGAUCUUCGCCGAGGAGAUGUUUCUCAUCUCUUUCUUCGGGAACCAGUACCUGGUGUACCAGAAGCAGGUCGGCACCGGGAUUCCCUUCAUCAUGGGUUACACACCUGAGGAGGGCUGAUAUAGGAGGAAACCUUCUACUGUGAUCAGAAGGUUCUCAUGGUGAAGUGGAAAGAAAAGACGAUUAAAAAAGCAGCAGAUAUUCAAGAAAACAAUUUGAUCCUUUAAUAGUGAUAUAUCAAAGAAAAUAUGAAU